GAAAGGGUGGGAAGGGCGGUAAGGGUGGAGGAAAGAAGGGCGGCGCGGCGAAAGUUGUGAUCGAAGCACACCGCCACGAGGGUGCGUUCGUGUCCAAGGGCAAGGACGAUUCCCUCGUGACUCGGAAUCUUGUUCCGGGCGAAUCGGUCUACGGCGAGAAGCGGCUCGUGGCUGAAGCUGCGGAUGGCGAAGAGAAGAUCGAAUACCGCGUGUGGAACCCCUUUCGCUCAAAGUUGGGAGCUGGCAUCGUCGGAGGUAUCGGGGCCUGCCCGGUGAAGCCCGGAGCAAAGGUCCUGUACCUGGGCGGAGCCUCGGGCACCACGGUCUCCCACGUCUCCGACAUGGUCGGGCCGGAGGGGGUCGUCUAUGCCGUGGAGUUCUCCCAUCGCUCCGGGCGAGACCUCACGAACAUGGCCAAGCGACGCCCCAAUGUGGUGCCCAUUGUCGAGGACGCAAGACAGCCACAGCGCUACCGAAUGCUUAUUGGCAUGGUGGACGUGAUCUUCUCCGAUGUGGCGCAGCCGGAUCAGGCGCGUAUCGUUACGCACAAUGCCGGCUUCUUCUUGAAGAACAACGGCUGGGUCAUGAUCUCCAUCAAGGCCAACUGCGUGGACUCCACGGCGGCCCCGGAGGCUGUCUUUGCCAUGGAGAUCGACAAGCUGCGCAAGGAUGGAGUGAAGCCCAAAGAGCAGCUGACCUUGGAGCCCUAUCAUCGUGACCAUGCCUUGGUUGUCGGUGUUUAUCGGGCCAGCAAGAAGAAGAAGGAGUGA